CCUGGCCGAGCACUUUUUUUGGGAAGUCCUAGGACUGAUCUCCAGGACCUGGAGUCUUCUCCCAGCACCUAGGGCCCCGCUCAGCCAAAGGCCUUCCCUGCCAUGCGACCUGUCAGUAUCCGGCAGUGGAGCCCAUGGGGGCUGCUGCUGUGCCUGCUGUGCAGCUCCUGCCUGGGAUCUCCAUCCCCAACCACUGCCCCCGAGAAGAGGGCUGGGAGCCAGGGGCUGCGGUUCCGGCUGGCCGGCUUCCCUAGGAAGCCCUUCGAGGGCCGCGUGGAGAUCCAGCGAGCUGGCGAGUGGGGCACCAUCUGUGAUGACGACUUCACGCUUCAGGCUGCCCAUGUCCUCUGCCGGGAGCUGGGCUUCACAGAGGCCACAGGCUGGACCCACAGUGCCAAAUAUGGCCCUGGAACAGGCCGCAUCUGGCUGGACAACCUGAGCUGCAGUGGGACGGAGCAGAGUGUGAGUGAAUGUGCCUCCCGGGGCUGGGGGAACAGCGACUGUACCCACGAUGAGGACGCAGGAGUCAUCUGCAAGGACCAGCGCCUCCCUGGCUUCUCAGAUUCUAACGUCAUUGAGGUAGAACAGCACCUGCAGGUGGAAGAGGUGCGACUCCGACCGGCCGUGGGGCGGGGCAGGCGGCCGCUGCCCGUGACCGAGGGACUGGUGGAAGUAAGGCUUCCCGACGGCUGGUCCCAAGUGUGUGACAACGGCUGGAGCGCCCAGAACAGCCACGUGGUCUGCGGGAUGCUGGGCUUCCCCGGCGAGAAGAGGGUCAACACGGCCUUCUACAGAAAGUUGAGGAAGAGAGCAGCCAAAGCCUCGGCCCGACGCCCCAAACCCCUUGGAAGACCAAUCACCAAGCUUAAAGUCAAACCCAAACCCCGAGUGAGCAGGGGAUCAAUCAAGAGGCUGCUGGCCCAGAGGCAGCAACACUCCUUUGGUCUGCAUGGGGUGGCGUGUGUGGGCACCGAGGCCCACCUCUCCCUCUGCUCCCUGGAGUUCUAUCGUGCCAAUGACACCACCAGGUGCCCUGGGGGGGCCCCUGCGGUGGUGAGCUGUGUGCCAGGCCCUCUCUACGCAGUGUCCAGUGACCAGAAGAAGCAACAACAGUCAAAGCCUCAGGGGGAGACCCGAGUGCGUCUAAAGGGUGGGGCCCACCCUGGAGAGGGCCGGGUGGAAGUCCUGAAGGCCAGCACGUGGGGCACAGUCUGUGACCGCAAGUGGGACCUGCAGGCAGCCAGCGUGGUGUGUCGGGAGCUGGGCUUCGGGAGUGCUCGAGAGGCUCUGAGUGGUGCCCGCAUGGGGCAGGGCAUGGGUGCCAUCCACUUAAGUGAAGUUCAAUGCUCUGGACAGGAACCCUCCCUCUGGAAAUGCCCCCACAAGAACAUCACAGCUGAGGACUGCUCCCAUAGCCAGGAUGCUGGAGUCCGAUGCAACCUGCCCUACACUGGGGUAGAGACCAAGAUCCGACUCAGUGGGGGCCGCAGCCCACACGAGGGGCGAGUGGAGGUGCAAAUAGGGGGACUCGGGCCUCUUCGUUGGGGCCUCAUUUGUGGGGAUGACUGGGGGACACUGGAGGCUAUGGUGGUCUGCAGGCAACUUGGACUGGGCUAUGCCAACCAUGGCCUACAGGAGACCUGGUACUGGGACUCAGGGAAUACCACAGAAGUGGUGAUGAGUGGAGUGCGCUGCACAGGGUCUGAACUGUCCCUGGACCAAUGUGCUCAUCAUGGCACCCAUGUUGCCUGCAAGAGAACAGGAACCCGCUUCACUGCUGGAGUCAUCUGUUCUGAGACUGCGUCAGACCUACUGCUGCACUCGGCCUUGGUACAGGAGACUGCCUACAUCGAGGACCGGCCCCUGCACAUGCUGUACUGUGCCGCAGAAGAAAACUGUCUGGCCCGCUCGGCCCGCUCAGCCAACUGGCCUUAUGGCCACAGGCGUCUCCUCCGAUUCUCCUCUCAGAUCCACAACCUGGGACGAGCUGACUUCAGGCCCAAGGCUGGGCGCCACUCCUGGGUGUGGCAUGAGUGUCACGGGCAUUACCACAGUAUGGACAUCUUCACUCACUAUGAUAUCUUGACUCCCAAUGGCACCAAGGUGGCUGAGGGCCACAAAGCUAGUUUCUGUCUGGAAGACACUGAAUGUCAGGAGGAUGUCUCCAAGAGGUAUGAGUGUGCCAACUUUGGAGAGCAAGGCAUUACCGUGGGUUGCUGGGACCUCUACCGGCAUGACAUCGACUGCCAGUGGAUUGACAUCACAGAUGUGAAGCCAGGAAACUACAUUCUGCAGGUGGUCAUCAACCCCAAUUUUGAAGUAGCAGAAAGUGACUUCACCAACAACGCAAUGAAGUGUAACUGCAAAUAUGACGGGCACCGCAUCUGGGUGCACAACUGCCACAUUGGUGACGCCUUCAGUGAAGAGGCCAACAGGAGGUUUGAGCGCUACCCUGGCCAGACCAGCAACCAGAUCAUCUGAGGCACUGCCACCCUCUUCUGCAAACCACCACUGGCCCCUGAGGGCAGGAGUCUGAGGCUGCCAUUACCUCAGGAGCUUACCAAGGGACCCCUGACAUCGGUGGGCCGGCUACUCAUCCAGUGCACACUAUGGAUGUGGAACUGUCAGGUCGAGGUUAUCGCCCUCCUUCUCAGGCCAGCUGCCAAGCAUGGGGAAUUUCUGCUCCCGGGCCCAGCACCGAGCCAAGCACACUGCAAAGAGCAGCACCCAAUGAACUGCCAAGGACAGACAACAGCAGCUGGUUUUCUUGAAUAGGGAGGUCAGAAUGGUCAGCUCCAGUAUCUCCCCUCAGUUCAGGGGGAUACAGCUUUACCUCUAGCCUUUUUGUGGGGGGAAAGAUUGGUACCCCCUCCCCCCUUAUUUUUGAUUAUAACAUGAUGCUAGGUAUAAUUUUA